AUGCAAGCUCCAACUAGUGGAGCUAGGGCUUAUUCCCAGGAAGCUCUGGAGAAGAGGAUACAGCACCUCGCCGAGGCAGCGGCACAGCUCGCAUCCACCCUUCCUUCGGUAUCUCACGGGCUGAUGCGUCAGGCGCUACGUCACCUCAAGGAUGCAAACGGAUUCAGAAGAGCCCAUGCAAAGCAAAAAAAAGACAAGGGGCGAUUAAUGCAGCAGACGCAUGUAAUCUCGCAUAAAACGGUCAUGUCGUAUGAAUGCCAGCUCUGCAAAGCUAGGACCACAUUCCCCGGCGCGUUGCGCACCAUCCCGAUUAACAAAAAGGCGGCAAACAAAGCGAAAUCGGAGGCGUAG